AUGUGUAAAUGUACAAAUUUUCCUCUAUUUGCACUUAUUGAUACAAGUUAUUUAUCUAAACCACGAUCAUUAUUAAAUCAAGAUUUAUUUUGUACAUAUUCAAGUGAUCAAGUAAAAGAAAAUAAAAUAACAACAUUUGAACAAUUAAAAUAUUUUUAUUAUCGUUUUCGUACAUUAACAUUUGCAAAUUAUCCAAAUAUACCAACUAAAGCAUUCCAAUUUGUUCAUUUUGAAACUCAAAGUGUAAAACAAACACAUAAAACAAAUAAUCGUAAUGUUAUUGCAUUUGUUAAUGUUGAACAUACUGAACCUGGUAUAUUUGAAGAAUUGAGUUUGUCAGAUUCUCAAGAUCAACUUAUUAUCUCAUUUCUUAAUUCACCAUCACUUUAUUAUGCUAAUGGAGCACUUUCCAAACUUAAUUGUUAUGAAUUUAAAUUAAUUAAUACUAAUCCACAAAUACCGAUAGAUUUUUUUUAUCAGACAGUUUCCAUUCAUCAUUUAAUUAUUAAUAAUCCAUCGUUUUCUGGUUUUCUUUCAUCGUCAAAUCAUAAAUCUUCAUUUAUUUUUCAAAUUUAUAAACUUUCAAUAAAAGAUAUUAGUGUUCGUCAAUUACGAGGUAAACAUUUUCCAAUUGUUUUCAAUUCAGUAAAUGAAUUAACAUUGGAAAACUAUAAUGUUAAUGAUGGUUUUCGUUCAUUUAAUAAUCGUGAAUUAGCUCAAUGUUUUCCACAAUUACGAUCAUUAAAAAUAUUUUCAAAAUCACUUCAACAUAUAGUUUCUCGAAUGUUUGAACAUUUAAAUCAAUUAGAAUAUUUAAUAUUAAAUGGAAUAACUACUAUUGAAAAUAAUGCUUUUUUCAAUUUAUAUCAUUUAAAAGAAUUAAAUCUUGGUGAAAAUAUUUUUCGUCUUGAUCCAUAUGCAUUUAUUCAUAUGAAUACAGACAUUUUAUUAUUAAAUCAAAGUCAUAAUUUUCAAUUAAAUGAUGAUAAACAUUUUUGUACAUUUGUUCAAUUUUCACCAUUAACAAAUUUAAAAACUGUUGUACAAUUUUCAAAAAAUUUAAAUGAUUGUUCUUGUACUCUUCGUUAUUUAUAUCGUCAUUUAGAUAAAUCAUUUAUGUCAUUAACACCUUAUUGUUAUUCAAAUUCAAGUUUAUAUAUUUUAACACAAGAAGAACGUAUAUGUCAUUUUGAAAAACGUUUACUUCAAUGUGAUAUAUUACCUGAUGAAGGUAUAACAAUUUAUGGUAAAUAUUAUAAUGUAUCUUAUUUUUAUCAACAACAAAUAACAAAACAAAGAAAUCAAUUAUCAAAUUUUUUUCGUUAUCGAAUUUAUUAUGUUGUAUUAUUACCUAUAGUAAUUAUUAUUUUAUAUAUUAUUAUUCGACAACAAAAAAAUCGUCAUCAUAAAACAUAUAGACAUUUACAUCGUUUAUUAAAACGACGAAUAAUAUCAACAAAUGAAAAUAGAUCAACAAAUGAAACAUUUGAUAUUAUAUAUCAUCAUACAAAUGAUAGUUUUGAUCCAAUGUCUUCAAGAGCAUAUAUAGCUACUAGUGUGUAA